AUGGCCAAGGCUCUCAUCCUAUCUCUAAAGGAGUGCCCGGACACUAUGGAAGAAACUAAUUUCUGCCGCCGGGUUUCCCUCUGUGUGUUGUUGAUUGUGGAGUCAUGUGGGAUGCAUUUGAAGGAAACCGAGUGGGCUGUUCCUCCCCAAAGCUUGACUGAAGCAGCAGAUGAUGCCCAGACCAUGGAUCCCAGUGGCUUUCUCCCAUCACCCCCUCUACCACCACCUGGACCGAGCUUCCAGGCAGGAGAAGCUGCCACUGUCCUCCCCGUGAUGUCUGCAGCAGAAUCCCACAGCGAUAGGGAGGAGGACUACAGGUUCCUCCACAGCAUGCUCAUGGAGAAGAAGGUCCACCUGCUUUUUAAGAUCCAUGAGCGGCUGAAGCGUUUUGGGAAGCGCAGCCCCGUCCCCGUCCAGGAGCAUGCGGAGAGUCUGGCCUCAGACCUGGGAGAGGAACUCCUGCACCAAAGCUGGGGAGAGGAAGUGGGAGAACUGGUCGCCCUGUUUUCCAAGCCUCACUUCAAGAGUCUCCUGCACGUCCAUGACUCUGUGGCUCAGAGAGACUUCCAGCCCACUCUGCCACCCAUUCCUGACGACGUCCUGGAGGAGGAAGAGGAUUCAGUCAAAAUUGUCAGUCUGGUUAAAACCCAAGAACCCCUGGGAGCCACCAUUAAAAAGGACAAGUCCACGGGAGCGAUCCUCGUCGCAAGAAUCAUGAAAGGAGGCGCAGCUGAUAAAAGUGGUCUGAUCCAUGAAGGGGACGAGCUGAGGGAAGUGAAUGGAGUUUCCCUGGAACACCGGAGGCCAAAGGAAAUCCUCGCUCUGCUGGCUGGUUCUCAGGGUGAAGUCAAAUUCAAGAUCAUUCCUGGAUCCUCAAAAGAGGACGCGUCAUCAGAUAAGGCGAAGCUGUUUGUGCAGGCUUUGUUUGAUUACGAUCCCGCCGAGGAUCCCAGCAUCCCGUGCAAAGAGGCUGCCGUGGCCUUUAAAAGAGGCGACAUCCUCCAGAUUGUCAACAUGGAAGACGAAAUCUGGUGGCAGGCCUGUCGCCUGGGCGACGGCAACGGCCGGGCCGGGCUGAUUCCCUCAAAGCAGCUGCAUGAAAGGAGAGUUGCAUUGCAGCGGCCCAGAUGUCUGUUCCAGCCUGAGCAACGAAACCCAUCAGAUGAGCCUGAAGGUACCGUCGCUUUGGAUUUGCUUUGGGAAAUUUGUCUUCAGCUUAACUGUCAUGAUGUAUUAGAUGUGUUUGUUUUAGGUUUUGCUUUGGGGUUUAAAGAUUUCUCCAAGAAUAAUAGUCACGCAACAUUUCUAGGACGCAGACUUCUCUGUGAGCGGCUACUGUGUUGCAGCUCAGCCGCCUGGAAGCAUUCAGACAACCAGACUGGCCCCAGCAAUGUUUUUCUUUCAACUCCCAAUCACCAUAUUUAUGUGUUGUCAAAAAUGAGAAUACAUUUAGUCACGGAGGAUGUAGAUUACGGAGCUAUAACGGGGAUCCACGUCGCCGGUUUACGGAGGAGUUUCCGGCUCAGCAGAAGAAGCAGCCGGAGCAAAGACGCUGCUCGCGUCGCGGCCUGUCCACCUACAUACAGAGAGGUGGUCCCCUACCACAGGGAGUCAAAGGACAGACAUCGUCUGGUGGUCCUGGUCGGUACGCCCGGCGGCGUUGGCGUGAACGAGCUGAAGAGGAGGCUGGCCAUCUCCGACCCCGACCGCUAUGGCGUCAGCGUACCGUACACGACACGUGAGAAGGGAAGUCGGGAGACUGAAGGGGUGGACUAUCACUUUGCUCCGGUUCAUUUGUUUGAGGAGCACAUUCUGAAUAAUAGGUUUGUGGACUACGGCCAUUACAGAGGUCACUACUAUGGAACAAGUGUGGAUUCGGUACAUGGAGUCAUGGCUGAGGGAAAGAUGUGCCUCCUGGACCUGCACCCCAGCAAAAUAAAACAUGUGUUCACUUCUGAAUUCAAACCGUACGUGGUGUUCGUGAAACCUCCACUCAUUGAGGAGCUACGCCUCACCAGACGGAGAGCUAAAUUUGUCUGCAAUGAAGAGGGUGUUAACCAUGUCAGGAUCUUCUCGGAGGAGGACUUUGAGGAUAUGAUUGCCUUGGCUGAAACCAUGGAGAACCACUACAGUCACCUGUUUGACAAGCUGAUUGUCAACGGAGAUAUUGCCACGGCGUUCAGGGAGCUGAAGGCCGAUCUGGAGAGGAUUGCAGACGCAGACGUCCACUGGGUUCCUGCACAAUGGAUCUGCUCCCCGCCGGCAACAGCUGCAGGCCAUUUGACUGGCUGAACCAAAACCAUCUACAUCAAGAGUUUAAUUAUAUAUUUCUGUAAUGUUAUUAAUGCAUUUCAUGCUGCCGGAGAGUUUCUGUAAAUGUUCCUUCGCGUGCAUCUGAUUAGACGGCUCUCUCCGCCGCUUCUCUUCCUCCCUCCCUCUGACUCGGGGCCAGUUUCCCUGUUGGCAUUUUGCUGACAUAACUUCAGCUCAAGGAACAAGGGGAGAAGCGGAAACUCUCCAGAGCUUGUGGUUGAGCGUAGCCCUUCCCUGCCAAGCUGCAAACAUCACCAUGUAAUUAUUCUGACAGCUGCUGCACUUCAAUUAGCUGUAAUGUACACCAGAGAAAUAUUAUUGGUAGCAGUCUGUGAGGCGUUCUGCCAACAACAUGCUGCAUGAAAUAGAGACACAAACAUGAUAACAAUGCUGGACUAUCUGAGGAAAAGCACUUCCUUUUAAUGCUUACAAGUUGUAGAAGUAUGCGUACUGUAGUUUGUGUACAAUCGUGGAUCUGUAGAUGUACCAAUUUCAAUUUAAUGGGUCUUUUGCAUGUUGAACUAUUGGGAAUAUUAAAUAAAUUGCAGGAAUCACAGCUGCUGAACAGUCGCAGAGGUACUUUUUGUCAGUCGUCCAUGCGGCUCCAUCUAAAUCAUUUUAAUGGCUGCAUUCUUCUACAUUUCAUUGGGGUUUCCUUCCUUUUUUUGGACGCUGUGCUCAAUUUAGUGUGAGGGAGUGUUAAUGUGUCUAUCAUGUAGUGUUUGGGAGGAAGAGGGUGUGGCGUGACAUGGGGAGAUGAUAAUGGCUUUCAAGGGGAUGGAGGCCUUCGCAGUCGUGCAGUGGGAAGUUAUGAACACCCGUAAAAGCUUUUUCUGUAAAGGUGCAGCGAGGAUCCACGCUCUAAAACACAACUGGCUGCACGAGAGAAAGGUGGUGGCACA